AAAUGAAUUUUGAAAUAAUACGGGAAAAGCGUUGGAUGACUCUUCGUUGGAAUGCAAGUCCAUUCCAGCAGUAUGUAUUCGUUUCUAGUGAAUGGAGUUUUCCAACAUGUUUUGGUUCCGUAUUCUUAUCGAUAUAGCAGUUGUAGGAAUAAGACAAAUACUCAACGAGAAUAUGUCAACGUGACUUGUGCUUUGGGAAGACACUUGAUCCGAUUCCCGAAUUGGAGAGACAAUAAGUUGAAUAUUCUUUCGGGAGAAUAUUUUGGAUCAAGUAAAAAUAUUUUGUUGCGUGGUGACAGCAACGCAUUUGGUGGAAAUAAUGGCGGUGGUAACAACUCAGGUCAUAACCAACGCAAUCAGGGUCCAGAAGGUGGUAACAAUCCCUUUGUGUCUCUUUACUUGAGUUACAUCUCAGCUUUAGAAGAAAGACCUAUCUUGACCAAGGCUAUUACAACUUCCUUGAUCAAUGCAUUUAGUGACUUGGUAGCACAGUGGCUAGAACAAAGAGGGCAAUCGUUGUUCCACUGGAAUAUUCGAAGAACUUUUGCUUUAGGUUUUUGGGGUUUUAUCUUUAUGGGACCUUUUUUCCAUAACUGGUAUUUAAUACUGGAGCGUCUCUUUCCAAGUGGUCGAUGGGCUUUUUUGAAAAAGAUUAUCUUGGAUCAAACCUUUGCUGCUGCAUUCUUUAAUAUAACCUUUUUCUUGGGUACUGGAUUUUUGGAAGGUCAUAACUGGCAUCUGAUUGUAGACAAGUUGAGACACAAAUUCUGGCCAACUAUGUAUGCCAACUGGAGAGUUUGGCCUCUUGUUCAGUGCAUAACUUUUACAGUGAUUCCUUUAACAUUUCGGGUUUUGUGGGUGAAUGUGGUUACUGUCAUGUGGGUCAUUUAUUUUUCAAGUUUGGCUCAUUCUCAUUAAGAAUAUAUUCACACGUCUCUUGACAAGUUCAAUGAGACCACGCAAAAGAACUUUGAGGUUUCUUUAUCUUUGGAAGAAAUAUCUGCGGAUUGAAAUAAAGGAUUUCGUUUGUUC